CGGCAGUGCGCAGGCGCGCCCCCUCAGCCGGCCUCGGGCGAGCUGCCCCGGGUGAGGAGGCGGCCGGUGGGGCGUUACCUCCCCGCGCCCCCCCGCUCAGUCAUGUACCGACCCGGCCGGGGGGCGGCCCGGGGGCUCGGCCGCUGCCUCCGCGCCUACCGGGCCCGGGCCCAGGACCAGCUGGCCUCACACUCCCCCCCGCUCCUGCCCCCCUGGAUCGUCCCUCCCCCUCCUGUCCCUCCUCCCAACACCCCGCCCUUCUGGGUCCAGCCCCCUCCACGGAGCAGACCCCGGUCCCCAGUCCCCCGGCGCCCCCCGGCCUUGGCCACCCCCAGUAUCGACCCCUCUAGCGAGGCGGGGGAGGACGGGUCCGGCGGCCUGCACGGGGGCUGCCUGGACAGCCUGCGCAGCCUCUUCGAUGGGCCGCCCUGUCCCCGCCCCGGGGCCCUCCUCCCCUUCCAGGCCCCCGGGGACCCCUGCCUCGCCCCUGCCACCCCCUCUGGGGACCCCCGCAUGGAGGAGCACCUGGCCGUCAUGCACGAGAGGCUGAGGCAAGAGCUCCCUAACCUGUUCUUGCGCUCCCACGACUACACCCUGUACUCGUCCGACGUCGAGUUCGUCAACGAGAUCCUCAACAUGAGAACCAAGGGCCGCCCCUGGUACAUCCUGUCCCUGACCCUGUGCCGCUUCCUGGCCUGGAACUACUUUGCCCAGCUGCGGCUGGAGGUGCUACGGCUCAGCCGGCACCCGGAGGACUGGACGCUGCAGGCCCGCUGGCGCCUCGUCGGCCUGCCCGCCCACGUGCUCUUCCUGCGCUUCUACCGCCGAGACAGGGAGGACCUCUACAGGACUUACGACGCCUAUUCCACCUUCUACCUGAACUCUGACGGCCUCAUCUGCCGCCACCGGCUGGACAAGGUCAUGCCCUCGCACUCACCCCCGGCGCCCGUGAAGAAACUGCUGCUGGCAACACUGGUGGCCCUGGGCUGGGCGGAGCCCCAACCGCACCUGCGGCUCUGCCCCGAUCCCUGACCCUUGACCCCCGAGCCGGGGGCAGGCCACCGGGCGGGGACGGGAGGGGGGAUCGGGGUGACCGUUAGCACUGAGCUCAUCCGAACGCACAGGGAAAGGGGGCGGGGGGGUCCGGUCCCUCCCGCCACCAACCCAUCUCAUGCUGUGUAAAGUCGCUGUAUAAUUUAACUUGUAUAUAAUAAAGCCCAGGAAGGCUGGAAGGGG